AAAUUGUAAUCCUCACCAAAAACUUCCUAUCUCUAUCUCAAGUUCAACCAACCAAAUAGCAAAGCUACCAACCACCCAACCCGACUCUAAAAAGGUCAUAUUUUGCAUCCAAAUCACAAACCUUUGCACAAACGAAAAAACAGAGCUCACAGAAACUCCAAACCAAACCAACAAGAUAGCAAAGCCGAGAAAGAUACAAAAACAGAGGGAGCAAAAUCCACCUCUUAUUCAUCUUCAAUUCUCAUUCUUUCUUCUUCUAUCUCCACUCUCUACCCACCCAGAAGCGAAAAUGGCUUCCUCCUUAUCCCUCCUCUCACCCAACAAUGCAUCCACCGCCCACCUUCUCCUGCGCACCCCCAAAACCCCUAACCUGCGCUCUUCUUCUUACAGGCCCAUGUCCAUCAAAGCUCGCACUGUCCCUGCUCUCACUCAAGACGAACUCAAGAAGCUUGCAGCCGAUAAGGCCGUCGAAUAUGUCAAGAGCGGCAUGGUCCUCGGCCUCGGCACUGGCUCAACGGCCGCCUUUGUGGUCUCAAAGCUCGGAGAGCUCUUGAAAUCAGGUGAAUUGCAGAACAUAGUUGGAGUUCCAACUUCAAAACGCACGGAGGAUCAAGCUCGCCAAUUGGGUAUCCCUCUUUCGGUUCUCGAUGAUCACCCCAAGAUCGAUUUGGCCAUAGAUGGUGCAGAUGAGGUCGACCCAAAUCUUGACUUGGUUAAAGGGCGUGGUGGGGCUUUGCUGAGAGAGAAAAUGGUGGAGGCUGCUUCAGAUAAGUUUGUUGUGGUGGCUGAUGAGACCAAGUUGGUGACUGGCCUCGGAGGAAGUGGACUGGCAAUGCCUGUGGAGGUUGUACAGUUUUGCUGGAAAUAUAACUUGGUGAGGCUUCAGGAGUUGUUUAACGAAGAAGGGGUUGAAGCAAAGUUGAGGUUGGAUGGUGAUGGAAAGCCUUAUAUCACUGAUAACUUCAAUUACAUUGUAGAUUUGUAUUUCAAGAGUCCCAUUAAAGAUGGGCCGGCUGCUGGGAAGGAGAUUUCGAAAUUUGAAGGGGUUGUGGAACAUGGGUUGUUCUUGGAUAUGGCGACCGCGGUCAUCAUUGCAGGCAAGGAUGGAGUGGAUGUUAAGACCAAGUGAUUCUCUUUUUCACUUUUUUUCUGGUGAUGGUGAGUAUUGGAAUCUCCAUUUGUAAUCUGCUUUUCAUAUUCACGGAGGUUCCUUUAUUUGCUGCUUGUUCAAUAUUUAUUGGUGAAAUCUAGCUUCUUUGGUGUAACUCCUAGAUUGGUGAUAUGGGUAAUUGUUAAAAGUUUUGUAUUUGAUGCUCUUGUUGUUUGUUGAGCAUCUUGUUUUGGAUCAUUAGCAUAGUAAUAAUAUUAAAGAUGGAAAUGCGAAAUGCGAAAUAAUUGGAAAUGAAUUGCCUUUAA